AUGCGGAGGCCUCGGCGCCGACGCGCCGCUUGGCCCGACCUCACAAUUCUCGAUGAAUGGAGCCGCAUUGAGAAAGAGGGCCGCAGUGAAGAACGCAGGGUCAAGCGCAUCACCGAGCCUCAACUCAUCAACGGACGUCUGCGCACGGUGCAUCGAGGCUGGAUGCGCCCCGAAGAGGACUCGCCGUAUCGAUUCACCUAUUUUAAUGAAGAGUUCCAAAGCACCAUCCAUAGUCAGACGAUCUCGGAGCUCGUUCAAGUUGGUGGCAGUUUCCGAGAGCUGUUCAUUCCCGAACCUCGUGUCCUGUCAGACGACAGCGAGUCCGAUGAUUCUGAUGCGGAAGACGUAUCAGUGGUGACUGCUACACAGCAGAACCACGCCUCAAUUGGCCAGAACGGCGUUUCUGGCACUUCAACGCGCCAGAGCUCUGUUGUUCCCCCCUUGAGCGAGGAGCCCGAAUCAAUCAUCUCGGGCCAUGACAAGACUUCACACGAGAGCUCCAGGGCGCCUUCGGGCAAGGCGACGCCAACGGGGGUUAAGUCGCCAACGCCGAAUGUCUCUCAGCCAGAAGGUACACCAAAGCAACCCAAAUUUGGCGAGCGACCGGUCUGGUGGCUUGACGUGCUGUGUCCAACCGAGGCCGAGAUGAAGGUUCUUUCCAAGGCGUUCGGCAUCCAUCCUCUCACGGCAGAGGAUAUCAUGGUGCAGGAGGCUCGUGAGAAAGUUGAGCUCUUCCGACACUACUACUUUGUCAACUAUCGAUCAUUCGAUCAAGAUUCCGAGAGCGAAGACUACCUCGAGCCCGUCAACAUGUACGUCAUCGUGUUCCGAGAGGGUGUUUUAAGCUUUCACUUUUCAAUGACGCCUCACUCUGCCAACGUCCGCCGACGUAUUCGUCAACUCAAAGAUUUUGUCAUCGUUAAUUCAGAUUGGAUCUCAUACGCCAUCAUUGAUGACAUCACGGAUGUUUUUGGUCCCUUGAUUCAGAAUAUCGAGGACGAGGUUGACGACAUUGAUGAUGCUAUUCUUCGACUGCACUCUUCAGGUGACGUACAGGCCAAAGAUGGACCACUGUACUCGGAGAAGGCGUCAGACGACGGACAUCCCUUCCAAAAGGAGAGCCACAUGCUUCUCCGUGUCGGCGAUUGUCGUAAACGGGUCAUGAGCCUCUACCGGCUUUUGGGCAACAAGGCAGACGUCAUCAAGGGCUUCGCAAAGCGUUGCAAUGAGCGAUGGGAGGUUGCACCCCGGUCCGACAUUGGUCUGUACCUUGGCGAUAUUCAGGAUCACAUUGUGACCAUGACAUCAAACCUGAGUCACUACGAGAAGAUCCUUGCACGUUCCCACGCAAAUUACCUUGCCCAGAUCAACAUUCGUAUGAAUGAGCGCUCCGAACAGACGGCCGAUGUGCUUGGAAAACUGACUGUCUUGGGCACUAUCGUCUUGCCUAUGAACAUCAUUACCGGGCUGUGGGGUAUGAACGUGUGGGUUCCCGGGCAGGAAUACGAGGGGGACCUAACUUGGUUCUGGUGUCUGACAGCGGGCUUAUUGGCGUUUGGUCUAACCUGCUUCAUCGUUGCGAAGAGAGUGUAUAAUAUCGUGUAG